ACUGGCCACUUGUUUUGAGCUGCUUAUGUUCCCGAAUGUACUGUGCAUGGAUUUCCAGUUAUGUGUUCUCAUUUCCCUCUUACCUACCUCAGCAGCAUUUUAAUCAGAUCUUAUUUCUGCCAUGGAAGAUAGCCAAGGGAUUCUAAAUCAGGAGGAAGGCAAUGUUGACAAGAAAGAAACAGAUCAAAGUUCAGAGGAAAGUAAAAAUCCAAGAAGGAUUAUUUAUUUUGCAAACGGUGAAUGUAUGGAAGAGUGCAGUACAGAGGAAGAAGAUGAAGAGGAGAACAACCAUCAGCCCUUUCUUGACACUGCCAACCUCUCCUGGUUCAGUUAUCUGCGACUUUGGGUCCUUCGAAUUGCAGCAACAAGUUUUUUUACUUGUGAAUUCCUUGGAGGAAAGUUAGCCUCGUUUUUUGGACUCACUGAAUCCAAGUAUCAGUACGCGAUAGAUGAAUACUACAGGACACAGCAAAAGGAAACUGAAAGUGAUGAAGAUGGUGAAGAGAUGCAAGAAAUGGAGAUGGUGAUGGCUACAAAUGAAAAUCAGCACCUAGAGUCGCAGAGCCUAACAUAUGGGUCCAUUCAUUGCAAAGAGAUGUCUGCAUUUUCACAGGAAAUUACUGUGGCAAAUGUAAAUGAGCUUGGAGAAGGAGGCCUGACAAGUAUAAAAUGAAAUUCUCAGCUGUGUCUUGGCUUUUAGAAGGAAGGGCAGGGUGUCAAUUAGGUAAUUAAAUAAAUACAGUAAUUCUAUCAACUGGAAAAUGAAGGCAGCAUUUCUGGCUUGCUCAAAAUGUGGACAUGUUGAGAAAAGGAUAAACUAUCUAAAGUUUAGGGGUGAUGGUUAUACAACCCCUUUAUGGUAAUUUGUAGUUUUAAAAAAGCUUUCCAAACUCUGAAAUGGUUAGCAGUUGAAUUCAAAGUAGUAAUAUUCAAAUAGGGAUCUGGAAAACCCUGGCAAUCCUUGAAAGCUCCUGGACGAGAAGACCAACAGUGGACAAAGUGGGUCCUUUUAACAAGGAUGGGAGCCAUGCAGCCUUGCCCAUCUCUCAAAGGACUGAACCUCCUCCACAAAAAGCCUAAAUAAAUAUGCUUUCCUCUGUAGUUUCUCCAAAAUGGUGGUAGGGAUUGACACAAUGAUGAGUGAUGAGGAGUAGUGAAGCCUAAUAAGUACAGAG